AUAAUUAGCGAGUUAUUAAUUAAUUAGUGAUGGGACACAAGAUGUCACUAUGAAGUAAGAGCGCUGUUUUGGGGAUUCCCUAACUUGUGAUCGAUAAGUCUUUGGUCUCUGACCAAUAUUCUUGUUUAACUUUUACGAUCAUACACAAACGAAAGUUCAAGAGUUAAAUAAAUUUCUUUAAUUUUUGUAUAAGUAGGGUUCUGUAUUUGGGCCACCCUGUUCCCAAUUUUUUAUGGAAUAUAAUCCAUUUUUUGUCUCUGUAUUAUGCAAUGCAUAUUGAUAUUAUGCUGAUCUAUGCAUUUUCUAUUAAAAACCCGAAGACCAAUUAAUUUAGAACAAUAAUGAUCUGUGCAUGGAUGUUGGGUCGGAAAAAGUCACAAUCAAUUCUUGACGUCAUGUUGAAAAAGAGUUUGUACCCCCUUUUCGAAUUAAAAAAUUUGACUUUUACUCAAGAUUGAUGAAAAUUUUUGAUAUUUUGCGCUAAUCCCCUGCCACAUUUUUUAAUAACAAAUAGUAAUUAUCCAGUCGGGGUUAGGAAUGAUGUGAAGGCGUUUGAAAAUAUGGAUCCAACUAUGCCAAACUCACAGCCUUGGAACUUUUUAUGAAGCUUUUUUCCACUGUUUAAUGUUACUUUUGCUUCCAUUUAUCAAUGCUCUUCAUUAUUCGAUCAUCUGAGUCUUGUUGAUGACAUUUCAUUUCGGGUUUGUCACCUUGAGUUUUUGAUAAUUCCUCAAAUGGUGUCUCUAGUUUUUGACCCUAGUCCCAAAUACCCCCCCAAUUUAUACUUUUUCAACAUACAGAACUUAUUGAAUUUUUCAAGUGAUAUGAUAUACGAUACAAAUAUAUUUGAUAUAUUUAUUUAUUCAGAUUUAUUAAAUAAUUUAUGAAAUUAAAAUUAGUAAAUGCGGUAAGCUAACAUCACUGAUUAGCUGAAUAAAUUAGUAUUAGCUUCUUAUCGACUUCUAUACAUACUGCAACAUCAAUAUUCGGAAUAAUAGAUUAUUUGGAUUUGCCAACUCUGAUUUAACCCAUGGCUGGGGAAUACAAAGAGUUACACUCGGUGCUCAUCGAUGGAGCCCCUAGGUUUGGAACUAGCGCCCUAUCGUUUGACAAUGAAUUGGAGUUACUUUGGUCAGGAAAUAUGGGCGGACACAUCACAUCAUACUGUGGAGCAAGCCUUCAGAAGUAUACAUCGUUUCAGAUCGACGCAAGGAAUCCUGUGAUUGGAAUCGAGACGGUAAAAGAUCGUGUUCUGUCUCUAACUAAAGAUCGAGUAACUUGCCACUCAAAAUUUGGAUUAAAAGAAUACGAGUUUUUGCCAGAAUCUACCUUCUCUAUCGAGUCCUCCAUGUUGUAUAAAGAUACUUCGCUUCUGAUUGGUGGAAAAUCGUCACGCCUGAUUGAACUUGAUUUAAAUACUGGAGCUUCACCGGUGCGUGACUUCACUGACGAAGGAAAAAUGGAAAACGGAGUUAUGUUGUUUCGAAGCAGUCCGAGGUUUAUUUGUUGCGGAGACGUUGCUGGUAACAUCAUACUUCGUGACCGAGAAACGUUAAAAGCGCAACAUGUGUUUAACGCUCACACAGGAACGUUGUCGGAUUUUGAUAUCCACGGCCACUUGUUAGUUACGUGCGGAUACUCUUUACGGCACGGAAUGGACCGUAGUAUUCCCCAAUCACUGACUUUGGAUCGAGUUAUCAAGGUCUUUGACACAAGGAUGAUGCGUACAGUUACCCCCAUUCAAGCGCACAUACAACCAGCUUUUGUGCGUUUUAUACCGACGUACACGAGACGUUUGAUUAUUAUGAACGAGAGAGGCCAGUUUAUUUUAAUCGAGGACAACGCCGCUGUUACUCCAAGCACUCCGAUAUAUCAGUUAAAUAACAUGUGCGGAAAUAUAACGAGUUUCGCGAUGUCAAAUUCAAUGCAAACUUUGGCGUUCGGAGAUUCUGGGGGACAUUUACAGCUCUGGUCUUCCUCAGCCAACCCAACUUUUCACCAAUAUCAAAAGAUGCCGGAGUUUGCUCCGAUUCCGGAACCACUGGAGCAUAGAAUCGCUAUUGAUGACUACUCAAUUCCACUCUCUGUGAUUCCAAUGCCACGUUGUCGUGAGAAGCUUCUUUCUGAUUGGCCGUUGAAAUAUUGUAACCCAGUUAGCCGUAGACCGCCACCGAUUGACCCCAAUAUUAUUCAAACGAUGAAAAUUGUUCAUGGAAUUGGAUACGCCCCUAACCCAGGCAACAGACGUCGGAAUCAAGUUCCAUACAAGUUAAAAGACAUUGCGAAACAGGAUAAAAUGGGAAAAAAGGCUGCUGUGCCAGACUCACCACUAGGGCGAGAGGAGCAACCACACUUAUACAUGGUUCCGAAAAAAUAUCGAAAAAUUUCGCUAAAAUAUUCAAAAUUGGGUUUUGAAGAAGAUAGUAUGAUACAGCACUACAACAGAACUAAUUUUGCUGGGCUGGAUCCAAACAUUUUGAAUGCUUAUUGCAAUAGCAUGUUGCAAGUACUCUAUUUCUUGCAGCCACUGAGGUCCAGUUUGCUCCAGUAUCAUAAUUUGGAAAAGGAAUUUGAUUUGGCAGAAGAAUUGGGAUUUCUGUUUCGUAUGCAAGACUUGUCUAAAGGGGGAGUUUUACAAGCAAGCAAUUUUCUGAGAGCGUUUCGCACAAUUCCAGAGGCUACAGCAUUGGGAUUAGUGCAGAAUUCAUCUCAACCGGAACAAGUCGGAACAUCAACUCACGGAAAUCUCUCUCAACUUGUUCAGAACUGGAAUUGCUUUAUUUUACAACAGCUACAAACGGAGUUGUCCCAAGCUCCACCAAGAAGCCCGGAUUAUAUUUUCCAGAAAGAACCGAAUGUGCCAAAUAAAACCGCGAUGGAAAAAAUAUUCGGAACCGAGAUGAAAAUUUCAACAAAUUUUAAAAAUGGAAAUAGUAGUGAAAGAAUGGCAGUUCAGUUGAUUUUUACGCUCAAUUACCCCCCUUUACCCCCACCUGGGGAACCCCCCAAAUUAGUCCCAUUUACAGACAUUAUAACACGUAGUAUUUGCUCGAAAGUGCAAACCAAAUCUUACGAUCCAAAUUCCGCGACUUAUCAACCAAUGGAACAAUUACGUACACCUGUAUCCCUGCCAGAAGUUCUUGCUCUAAAUUGUGGACUCAUGCGUGACGACGAAAUGCAAUUCUGGAAAAUACAAAUGGAAUUAUUGCAGCAAAUGAACGCAGCAAGAGUAUCAGAAAUCGACAAAAAAAGGAAGUUGUCAAAGGAAGAAAAUGGAGAGAAUACUGGAAAGAAAAAUGACUCGGCUAUGCCAGAUGAUAAAAGCGACGCUUGGAACGUUUUUGCAGAAAGAGAAGGAUUAGAUUUAUCGUUUGACCAACAACACAAAGCUACCUGGCUUCCUCUUAGCAUUACUCUUGCGCUGACUAAGUCUGGGGAAUUAAAGGUUACUUCAAACGAUUCAAAAAGUCCACAUCAUAAGAAGUCAGAAUCGAACGAUGCGAACAACGGCGACACAGACAAUGAUAUUGUUCAGGAAUCAACUUACGACCUCUACACAACUAUCUGUCAUAUUGUCGAUCCAAGAACUGGCGGAAAUUUAGUCGCUCAUGUUAACGUCGGAGAGAAAUACCAUCAGCUUAAGGAAGGGGUCACCCACACCCAAUGGUACCUUUUCAACGACUUCCAAAUCUGUUCGAUCGACGCCGUGGAAGCCGUGGACUUUGAUUUGCAAUGGAAACUGCCUGCGAUUAUUUACUACGCUAGAAGAGAUAUGUUCAGAAGAUCUGACUUCAAUGUGGCUUUCCCACUCACAGCUUCCAUACUUUCUCCGUCAGAAAGUCUUUCCAAAAGUCACCCCCAAUCCCCUGCACCCAUAACCUUUACCCCCCUCAUGCCUGCGGAGUUGCCAUCCUGCCCCGGAAUGCUUGUGGCCCUUGAUGCUGAAUUUGUGACGUUAAAUAAUGAAGAGGCGGAGCUGCAUAGCGAUGGCACAAGGUCCACGAUCAAGCCGAGUCAUUUAUCCCUCGCUCGAGUCACUGUUGUCCGAGGGGAGGGCGACAUUGAAGGAUUACCGUUUAUUGACGAUUACAUUUCGACCCAAGAACAGGUUGUUGACUACUUGACGAAAUUUUCGGGGAUUCUACCCGGCGAUUUGGACGCUUCGAUCUCGUCAAAACAUUUAUCAACGUUGAAGUUGACGUAUUGCAAACUAAGUUAUCUUGUACAUUGUGGUUGUAUCAUCAUCGGCCAUGGACUGAGAAAAGAUUUUAAGGUUAUAAAUAUAGUUGUCCCAGCAACCCAGAUCAGAGACACUGUCUACCUUUUCCAUCUGCCAAGGAAACGGUUCAUAUCGCUUCGUUUCUUAGCGUGGUAUUUUCUGGAGACAAAAAUACAGGAGAAAAACCAUGACAGCAUAGAGGACGCACGAACUGCGUUGAAAUUGUACAAAAAAUAUCUUGAAUUAACUGAAAAUGAGACGCAAGUUCUGAAAUUCCAGCAAACUGUGCUCAAAGAUAUGUAUGAAGAGGGAAGGAAACUGGAAUGGAAAGUUCCUGGCACUGACAUGUGAUUGGUGCCACACUUAGUCAAAAUGCUGUCACUAUUUUGUGACAAUGCCAUAAUUUUUGAGGUUAUGCCUUGUUUAAAUUUUUCACAGCAGGAACUUCUGAGAGAAAGUUUCUGGCACUGGCAUGUGGUUGAUGCCACACUUAGUAACAUUGGUGCCACAGUUCUGUGAAAGUGUCAUACUUUUUGAGGGUUGAGCCUGGUUUGUGAUUUUUAAACUUGAACACAAAGUUCCUGACACUGGCAUGUAAUUGACUACGCUCUGUGACACUGGUGCCACAGUUUUGUGACAGUGCCUACUUUUUAAUAUUGGUGCCACCAUUUAAUAUGUUCAAGAAAUUCUUAAUUGUUAUUAGGAAAGAAGGAAACUGUAACUUGAAUGGGAGGGUCAUGAUACUGGCAUGUGAAUGAUGCCACACAUUGUGCUAAGGGUGCCACAUUUUUAUGACAGUGCCAUACUUUUUGAGGUUGACAAAUAUUUUUAAGAAAAUAAUUGUCACAAAACACAGUUUUGGAACCACUGUGUCAAGCUGACUUAUUUACUGUCUCUAUUAUCUGGAAUGUUUACUGGUUGACUGUCUCAUACCGGACCAGGACUGGCAACUGCAAAAGCUUGCUGUUCACUGCGCUAUUAAGUUUCUUAUCCCAGUAAAUAUGAAAACUGUAUUCCAACCUGGACUUGUAUGAUUGAGCUGCUUUAUUGGCUUACCCUGGGAUAUAUAAAAAUAACCAUCCUAACUCUUUCUGUAUCCAAUUAUUAAAGAUUCACCAUAUCGUUAAGCCAUCUUCUUGGCUUUCCUCUCCUUCAGAAUGACUACAUUACUCAGAAUUAAAUAAAUAAACAGUCAAGAUCAAAUAUUUCAUGUAUUCGGGAAAUCUAUCUGAUUCAUCAUUUUGCCUUGUUUUAUUCUGUUUGUUUCUAACUUUUGCUACAACAUCCUUACAUUAUACACAUGCGGCUCCACUGGUGAAGAAGCGUACAUGAAGGAUAGGUGGCCCCCGAUAACCCCAAUCCAUAGGUAAAUUUUUAUGGUACAUUCAGACUACCCAAGUCCCAAGUAUUCGAACCCAUUAUUUCUGGAUCUAUCCAUAAUUUUGGUCGGCGAAUUGGAGCAUUUGAAUAACAAUAAAAAUAGAAUAAGAUUCGGUAUUCUGGAUUCGAUUUAAAUAUUUUAAAAUAGUAAGUUAUUCUACAUUGCCCAUUCAUACACUUAGAAUAAUUAUCUUAGUUCUUGCUACAGCAUCCUUGCAUUAUAUGGAUACGUCCCCACUAGCGCUGGAGCAUAGAAGAAAGAUAAGUAGUUGGUCUCGCAGAAACUCGAUCAGUAACUUUUGAUUGACAUCAAUGAAUUCCUUUAAAAAUCCUUUUUCUAUGUUUUCUAGAAGUUUCAGAAAAUAUGCUUUCAAAAAUUCGCAAUCAUUUUUUUUCUUUUUU